GCCGAUCCGACCGGGUAGACGGCCGGGCUCGCGGGAUGGGGCAAGUGCCUGAGGAGGGGGCAGCCUCCGGGGCUGGGCUCCGCGGCGUGUCCUGGGCCGAGAGGCCUGAGUACAGCUCAGGGACCCCAGGCUUCGGCGCCCGCAGCAGCUGCUUCUCCCCCGGCGACCCCAGCCUUGAAAAGAGAAAACGGCGCCGGGAGACGGGCGGGACCGGGCAGCCCCCGUCCCCACCCUGUCGGGCGCCCUCGGCCAGCCCAGCCAGGAGGCUUGUCGUUGAGCGCUUUGCACCCAUUGCACUUGAAAUACUGUUUGACUUGAAAAAGAAAAAAAAAAUUGAUUAGGAUAUUUGAGUAGUGCAGGGUGACAAGGACUAGUCAAGUAUGACCGAACUCCCUGGAACUUAUAUUCCCAAGUUAUAAGGGACCGAACUACAAAUAACGGCACUGUACGGAGUAGUGUUUGUUCUGUGCUAUAUCCCAGCCCUGGACUUGGUCCCCCUGGGCUCUGUGAUUGAUACAAGCCUACGUUUAUUUAAGCCCACUGCUAACGAGGGGUGUCUUCCUUGGUAGCUCAGACGGUAAAGAAUCUGCCAGCUAUGCAGGAGACUGGGGUUGGAUCCCUGUGUCGGGAAGAUCCUGUGGACAUCUCCAGUACUCUUGCCUGGAGAAUCCCGUGGACAGAGGAGCCUGGUGGGCUACAGUCCAUGGAGUCACAAAGAGUCAGACAUGACUGAGCGACUGACACUAAUGAGGGGGAGAGCACUCACAGAAAGCUAUUUGGAGGUUAUGGAUUAUAAGCCCGAACCUGAACUCCUCAGUGAGAGCUCAGAACGUCUCUUCUCCUUUGGAGUGAUAGCAGAUAUUCAAUAUGCUGAUUUGGAAGAUGGCUAUAAUUUCCAGGGAAACAGAAGGAGGUACUACAGACACAGUCUUCUUCACUUACAGGGUGCUAUCGAACACUGGAAUCAAGAAAGCAGCCCACCCCGUUGUGUGCUUCAGCUUGGAGACAUCAUCGACGGAUACAAUGCGCAGUACAAAGCAUCAGAAAAGUCACUGGAGCGCGUCAUGAACACAUUCCAAAUGCUGAGAGUCCCUGUUCAUCACACGUGGGGAAACCACGAAUUCUAUAAUUUCAGCAGAGACUAUUUAACAAACUCCAAACUUAACACAAAGUUUCUGGAAGACCAGAUUGCCCACCAUCCUGAGACUGUGCCCUCGGAGGAUUAUUACGCGUAUCAUUUUGUACCAUUCCCUAAAUUCCGCUUCAUUUUACUCGAUGCUUAUGACAUGAGUGUCUUGGGCGUGGAUCAGUCUUCUCCAAAGUACCAGCAGUGUCUGAAGAUACUGAGGGAGCACAACCCAAAUACGGAACUGAAUAGUCCUCAAGGACUUCGUGAGCCCCAGUUUGUCCAGUUUAAUGGUGGAUUUAGCCCAGAACAGCUGAACUGGCUGAACGCAGUUCUUACAUUCUCGGACAGAAACCAAGAAAAGGUGGUGAUUGUGAGCCAUCUUCCCAUUUAUCCCGAGGCCUCUGACAGUGUGUGCCUGGCCUGGAAUUACAGAGACGCCCUGGCGGUCAUUUGGUCUCACAAGUGCGUGGUGUGCUUCUUCGCCGGCCACACUCACGACGGCGGCUACUCUGAGGACCCUUACGGUGUGCACCACGUCAACAUAGAAGGGGUUAUCGAAACAGCUCCGGACAGCCAGGCCUUUGGCACCGUUCAUGUCUAUCCUGACAAAAUGAUGUUGGAAGGGAGGGGCAGAGUUCCACACAGAAUUAUGAAUUACAGGAAGGAAUAAGCCUUCCUUCCAUUUUUGGUCUGAUUUUGUUUACUUUUAUAGACAGAGACUGACUUGGCUUUGUGGUUUGUUUGCCCCCCAUUCCCCAAGACUCAGUCUCGUUAUUUAGGAUUCUAUUUGCAUAACAGAUAGCCAUAAAUGGCUUCAAUGUGUGUUAGCUCGUAAGAUACUCUGAAGCGUUAUUUUUGGUAAUAUAUCCCACGCUGAAAAUUGGAAAGAAGAUGAAUGAAAGUAGCCUGAGUAAAGCAGGGAGGAGUCUGAGGUGGGAAGGUGGAUAUAAUCCUCAAAACAGACACUAUUUAGCCUUACCUGAGAUGUUUUUUACUUUUUACAAGGAGAAUGUAUUCAUUCACUGUGUUAGCCAUGUAACUUAAAAUUCACAAUAAAAAAGUAAAAUAA